AUACAGAAAAUGAAAACAAGGAAGAGAUAGACGGACUCCCAUGAUGCACUGCACUGCCAACGUAUGCAAACAGGAACAUGACAACCGGUGCUUAACAUUAGCAGCCUGUUUUAAACGGUACACUUCUGUUGGCCUGACACAGUCUGUGACAAUAUAAUAUUUGCUGUGCCUCCGCCACAGAAGAAAAGCGUUCGUAGCGUUAUCGGCGGAGCCAGCAGACCCUCUGAGAACAGCGUCGUCGUGGUUCAUCAAUCACAGACAGUGUGGGUUAACAUGGCGAGUCCAAGGACCAGGAGAGUUCUGAAGGAAGUGAGAACCCAAGACGAGAAUAAUCUAUGUUUUGAGUGUGGGGCUUUUAACCCUCAAUGGGUUAGUGUGACCUACGGGAUCUGGAUUUGUCUUGAAUGCUCUGGCAAGCACAGGGGCCUGGGGGUACAUCUCAGUUUUGUGCGCUCUGUCACCAUGGACAAGUGGAAAGAUAUUGAGCUUGAGAAGAUGAAAGCGGGUGGAAAUGGAAAAUUCCGCAUGUUUCUUGAACUCCAAGAUGAUUAUGAUCCCACGUGGAAUUUACAGGAUAAAUACAACAGCAAAGCGGCUGCACUCUUUAGAGACCAGGUUGUGACUUUAGCAGAGGGUAAGGAGUGGUCCAUUGAGACAUCCCCUGCCAGGAACUGGACAUCUCCUCAACCAAAGACCAGUCUUUCAUCCUCUCAUCGCUCUGGAGGACCUGGACAAAGCUCAGCGAAAUCUGGCGACAAAGCUUUUGAAGACUGGUUGAGUGAUGAUGUGAACUCAUAUCAGAGUGGAGGGGGCUACAGUGGGAAUCAAGAGAAUCGGUAUGUUGGCUUUGGCAACACGGUGACCCCAGAGAAGAAGGAAGAUGACUUCAUCAACAAUGCCAUGUCUUCUAUUUAUUCAGGUUGGAGCAGUUUCACUGUUGGAGCUAGCAAGUUUGCCACUAUUGCUAAAGAUAAUACAUCUAAACUGGCAAACCAAGCAACCUUGAAGGCCACAGAGUUAGGACAGACAUUAAAUGAGAAUGUUAUCAAACCCACUCAAGAAAAGGUAAAAGAUGGCAAAUUGCUAGAUGAAAUGGCAGUCGGGAUCACUGGGCUGGCAAACAAGGUUCAGGGAGCUGGUUCAAAAUUGACUAAUCUCUUCUCCGGAAAAAUGGAGGAUGGGUCUGCUGGAGAGAGCUACCAGAACAUGGAUGCCUCUGAGGGAUAUCAGGGCAGUUCAAGCCAGCCUGUCGCAAAGGACUUCUGGGAAACCUUUGGCAGCAACAACUCCUUAAAGGCCAAGAAAUCUCCCAGCAGUGACAGCUGGACCAUCGCAGACAAUUCUGCAAAGAAGAGCUCUGACAGUUGGGACAAUUGGGGCUCUGAAGCAGCGUCCAACAACAUACACAGCACAGAGGAGAGCUGGGAAGCCUGGGACAACAACUGGGAGAACGCAGAUAGUAAGACAAAGAAAAGUCCCACAAAACCUGCUGAGGAAACAUGGGAUAAUGCAGACUGGUAGGGACUUCACAACUAAACAUCUCCUCACAUGUUUCCCACUCUGGCCUUCAUUUCUCUCUCUCUCUGUUCUUCUCACUGGCACUUUUAGGGAAAGAGCUGUCUCGUGUAGUUCCUGUCAAUCCAUUCAAAAUAUAUUUAUUAUGAACCCAACAAACAAUAAAUGAAGCCAAGCGUUAAAUUUAGCUCAUUAUCAAAGGAAUCAUCCUAAAAUGUACAACUAUACUGACUUGCAGCCAUGUGUUUUAUUAUUACCUUCAUCACAACGAAUUAAGAAAAAAAUCUAUGUAGAUGUGGUCAUAACUUUCUGCCUGUGCUCCCCAAAUAUUAUACCCUUAAUAGUGAAUAAGUCAGUGUUCAUACUGUAUGGGUUAAAUGAUAUUGGUUCUCAGUUCAGCACAUAAAGGAACAAUGCAUGACAGAGAAAAGCUGACAUUGUAAAUAUAAAGCCUUGUAAAUACAGAACAAUUGACUAAACACGAAUGAGAUGAUCAAAUAGAUUUCGUUUGCCCCUGGACCUUUUGCACAAUUUGUUCUUGUAAAAAAAAAAAACAAAAAAAAUUAAAAAGCAUUUUUGAUAGAAUUAGAUGCUGUAGUCACAAAGUGAUAUAUUAAAUCAAAGGAACAAAUGAACACUGUAACAAAUUGGCUAGCACUAGUCAAAUAUGCGUGGAUAUGUCAAAUGUAAAUGGAAUCUAAUGUGUAAGAGUUAGAGCUAAAGGACCUAUUUUUUUUUUUUUAAGUGUGCAAAUGGGUUUGAAAGCCGAUAUAUUAUCAUAUUAUGAAAGAAAAUGGGACAGGAUGCUUAAAAGUUGAAUUUGGUUUUCUCCGAAACAAAUAGAGUUUAUCAAUAAUUGCCCCUUUUUAAUUAUUAAAGUGUUAAGUUGUCAUCGGGUAAAUGUAUCACAUUAAUGCAUGCUGACUUAAAACUUAGCUUUUCUUAAUAAGUGAUGUAAUUAAUUUAACAUCAAUGAGCUGUUAAAAUUUAUUUUGCUUUGUUGGUGCAAUGUUUGAUUUUACUCUGAUUUUAAGACCUGGCUGUAACUCCCAUUCAAACAUUCAUUGCAAAGUUAUUAUAUUUUUUAAAGCGCAGCCCCAACAUCAUUUUAGUAUUUGCUUUGUUAUGCAACUCCUCAAGUAAUGUUACUUUAUACUGCGACAUGAAGCAAGUUAUCGCGUUGUUGUUUUUUUACUUUACAGCUUAAAUUAUUCUGCAAAAAUAUGCCAGAAAUCAAUUGCAAAAUCUAACUUUGAAUCAUUAAAUUACAGUAAAAUGUCACAAUACAUGCCAAUAGCUUUUAACUACUGGUGGAGAGAAGGGGUAUUUAUUGUAAUAUGCUAUCUAUUUUUUUCUUUUUCUGACCUUGAAGCUGGCUGAUACUAUUUGAAUUGAGUUCACACAGUCAGGCCAGACUGUAUUCACUCAUCUUAUAAAUCCAGCUGAUGCUCAGAAACUGAAUAAUGUCUCAUUUUGAAAGCCACUUGGACCUCAGCAAUUGUUUAAUCCAUCAUUUUGCAAUUUUAUUUUGAAGAUGCAACAUUUGGUAUUUUUUUAAAUUUGUUGCCUACCCUAUUGGCUAUAUAUAGUCUAUAGUAGAUCAUUGACAACAAAAGUCUCUCAUUGCAGGAUAAUGCUGUAUAUUACAUGCAGCAUUAUUCUGCAAGUGUGGAGGUUGUGUUUCAGUAACUGGACAUGGAGGGGGACUGUAGACUACGUUGUUAACUGCAUGGUUUUGCCUGUGAGCCUGUAACUUCUGACCUCGACGGAACUGACAGGUCAUUGUAAAAUUCAUCCUGUGUGAAGCAACUGUGUGUGAUCCUUUCUCCACAUCUAUGUCAUUGCAGCACCUUGGUCAUUAUGUAUUGAGGAUUUGGUGUCACAGAUAUCUUCACACUUGUGUCAACAUCUAAAUUGUGAAGUAAUGUUAAUGAGGCUCAUUAUACGCUGGAUGCUUAGAUGGUCAUAGCUCUCAAACACUUGUUAUAAAUUAAUUGAAUCAACCCAGUGCAUCCCUUAGUCAGAUGAAAUGGCAGCUGAACUCACAUUGUUUAUCGUAGAUGCAAAUGUAUCAUAAAAAGCUCAUUGUUUUAACAAGUGGGAAUGUAAAUGGUGUGAAAUUAGGUAUUUUACAAGCCUCUGGUAAUCCUAAAAUUCAAACAAACUGUCUGGGUUUUGAAAUUAGCCAAAUUUUGCUGUACCUAACUUCCCUAUGUGGCCUUUAAUUCCCUACAACAUAAGGUGCUGCAACGCAUACUGUAAAUGACUGGAAAGUUUUGUUUGCCUUUACAUGUAUUAACCCACAGAAGCCCAGUCUUCAGGUGAUGAUGCAAACCACUCAAACUAAACCCAAGUUAAAUACGCUUAAACCAAUUCCAACUCCAGAUCUUGGUUUGAUUUUUUUUUACAUUUGCUUAAUAUUUUUUAAGUUAAUGACUAACAUCAGAAGACUUACAAACAUCCUUGGUUUGCACCUGAUUCUUUGAAGCUUGGUGUCUGAUCAUUGGCAUGUAGUUUAUGACAAACUUCUUUUAGAGCAGUCUACCAGUGCAAUAAAGCUGCUGGAUUUUUGUUUAGUAUUAGGGUGUUUUUUGCUGUAAAUCUAUAGGCAGUACUCAUUUGGCCUCCAUGAUUGGUAAAAAUAAUCAUUUUAUUUUCACAGCUUUCAACGUGUGAAGGCCUGGGAACUUUAUUCCAUGGCCAUUUCCUACCUCUAAAAAGUAUUUAGUUUACGGUUUUCAGUAGUGAACCUGCUUAUUUUUUGAACAUAUCAGCAUUGUUUUGAUGUAGACCUUAUUACUGCUAUAACAUGCUUUGCUGUUUCUCAUUUUGUCUUUGACAAGGGGGAAGUGUGUUAAAGCAAAGCAACAAAGAGGGGUCUGCAGCACUGGUGUAUUCUCAGUGACAAUGCAAUGAUGUAAAAAAGAAAAGAAUCACUCCUGGAACAUUUGUGAACCUCUGCAGUCGUGUGUUCAUGUACGGUCAUGUGUUUAAAAAUCUUAAACAGCGGAUUGCUUUCUGUUGAUACUGGUGUCAGUUUGCUUGUCUGUCUCUGAUGCAGUGAGGUGUACAUGUCAGUAAAUCACCAUCCAAUAUAUAUUGUAACCCUCAGCCUUCCCUCUAUUAUUCAAGCUUCAUGUCAUUUAUUUUUUUAUUUUUUGAUGGCUUGACAUAAAACAUACACACUGCCAGGAAAUGAAUGGAAGACUUUGUGCUAUAAUAUAUAACCUUUUUAAAAAGGCGAAUAUUUGAACAGCCACUUCUGUAAAAGAGCUUGUAGUGCUGAUAUACCAUAGCCUUUUUUAUGAUGAAUGUUAGGGUAUACUGGUACAAUUGAUUCACCUGAUCAAAUGCAGAAUGUGUAAUUGACUAAAAUGCAUCCAAUAGGUCUUGAUAUAAGGUGAUGUUUUUUUUAUAAACCCAAUGUAAUUCCAAACUUUAACUUUCCAGAGCAGCAGUUUGGCUCAGUGUCUGUGCCUGUCGAAAAAAAUUUGAGAUUGGGUAUGUCUGUUUGUUUAUGAAGCUGUUGUCAGAAAUACUAUUUUUGAUGUUAUGCAUGAGAUGUGACGCGGAGCUAAAUACAUUCAGCUGUUUCAAAUGUCAUUUCCUCAGUGAAUUUAAGUGCAGUUGUCUGCUUGCCCCCUUCAAGUUUCACCAGCAGUCAUCCCAUGAGGUGAGCCAGUGUUACCUACUUGGUUGAGGCUUUGGAUAUUUUCCUUGUACACAUGGUUUCUGUGUUUAAUAAAAAUGUAUUGUGCUGUGAAUGCCA